AGGCGAGGCGCGGCCAGGCCAUGUCGUCCGAUUUCGAGAGCUACGAGCAGGACUUCGCCGUGCUGACGGCCGACAUCACGGGCAGGAUCGGCCGGGUGCCCAAGCUGCUCGGAGAUGAAAAGAAGCAGAUGGUUGCAAAUAUUGAGAAGCAGCUUGAAGAAGCAAGGGAACUGCUCGAGCAGAUGGAGCUUGAAGUCCGAGAGAUCCCACCUCAAAGUCGGGGAAUGUACAGCAGUCGAAUGAGAAGCUACAAACAAGAAAUGGGAAAACUUGAAGCUGAUUUCCCAGAAGAGGGAAAUUGGUGCUCAUGUUUCCAGGCAUUUGGGAAUGGGAGAGUUCAGAACUGGAUGCUCUUUAUGGAAGAAGAGAAAUGAGCAUAUGUGGAAGAAGUGUGUCAGAACACGAGGAGUUCACAUAAUUGUAAUAUGUAUAUGUUUUGUAUAUCCUUCAAUCGUAUGUAUAUGACUGAAGAACAUAAGGAUUUGCUAAGAGUGAGGGAGCCAAAAAAAGAGUGGAAAAAAUUUGUAUAGAAAACAAAAUGUUGUUUCAACUAAAUUCCCUUUAUUAUCCCAGUUCCUAGGCACUAACAUUUUUGCUAAUUUUGUAUCUGAGUGUUAGAGAAUCUUUCUGGCUUAUUCUCCAGACAAAUAACAAGUUAUUGGAAACUAUAUAACAAAGUGAUUCAGUUGUGAGUUCAAAGGAGGAGAGGAGGAAGGAAAGGAAAUGUUAUUUUGACUCUUUAAAAGUGCUGUCUGGAGGGCCACUGAAGGCGGGAAGUUGAAAAUAUUUGCUGAAAUGAAAGUGCUUUUGUGUGUUCUGUCUGAAUGUUGACUUGAAUGAGUUGUGACCUGUUUGAUUGUAAGCAAAGCAUGUAGAGUUUCUUUAAGAGCUUUAGCAGGCCUUUAGAGAAAGCAGAUCUUAGAAUUUUAAAAUGAAUUCACUUUUACAGAUGAAGGGAAAUCUUUAGUUUAGAAUGAUACUGGCAGUUUCAGGUUAGGAUCAGCUUACAGGUUUGCUGCUGGAAGUUCUCAUGUCUUCCAAAAGGCAUGCAGAUGUGAGUUUGCAAAGUUACGUGUUGUUCUUUAUAAAUGGAUUGGAAUCUCAGCUGGAUCCCGUUGUACUUGACUUGGCCUUUUGUCCUGUGUGAAAGAACAUGUCUGCUGAGGAGAGGACAUCUCUCUGCCAUCUUGAAGUGUAUAUUUCAUUUAAAUAAAUAGUGUUUGUGAAAUGAAUUGCAAAAAUUAUAUCGCUUAGUAUGCAGUCUUUUUAAGUGACUUCUAUAUUUGAAAUGUGAAGUGAAUGCAGAACUGGGACUGGUAUAUUUCAUUUAUAUUCAUCUUAAUGAAUAUGAGCCUUGAUCUUGCAAAUUUGACCUCACCCAAGCAGGUAUGAAGAACAGCAGCACAGCAACAUAUUUAAAAGUUAGAAGUAAAUAUGAGGAAUGUAGACUGUUCACUCCUUACUUGGAAGAUACUCAACAUUCGUGUUUCUGAUAUGUAAUAUCUAAUGGGGGAGUUUUUUUGAUCUUGGGCAGUAUGUGAAAAAAAAAUGACAAAAAAUUGGACUGUCACUUGCUUAUUACUUCAGUUUAUACUAUGGAAUCUUGAUGAACAUAUCAUGGUUUGUUGUGGU